UUUAAAAACGCACAAAAAAAAGCUAAGAUAAUUCACGUUUUUUUUUUCCCUUUCUCUCUCCAAACAGAACUUCGGGAAAAGUGGAGAGAAGAUUAAUAAGAAAACCUCUUCUCACUUUCUCGCUAGUUUUUUUCUUCUUCUCAAUCUUCUUCUUCGACUUCAAUGUGAGCAAUGCUCGAUUCCAUUAACCUAAUCGAAUAAUGGAACUCACUGAUUCUACGAACGAACAACUCGGAGAGACCAGGAGCGCUGGUCUCAAGGAAGAUAAUCGCUCCUUUCUCGGCAUCGAUCUCAACGAAAUCCCUACCGGCGCCACACUCGGCGGUGGUUGCACCGGUGGUCACGAUGAUGACGGAGAGUAUGAACCUGUUGAAGUUGUCAGGUCAAUUCACGAUAAUCCGGACCCAGCGCCCGGAGCUCCUGCGGAGGUUCCUGGGCCGGAUCGGGAGGCCGCGUGCGGCGCGUGUGGGAGGCCAGAGUCGAUGGAGCUCGUAGUAGUCUGCGACGCUUGUGAAAGAGGGUUUCAUCUGUGCUGCGCUAACGAUGGAGUGGAGGCGGCUCCUUCUGCCGAUUGGAUGUGCAGCGACUGUGUUACCGGCGGCGAGAGGAGCAAACUGUGGCCGUUGGGGGUGAAGUCUAAGCUCAUCCUGGACAUGAACGCCUCGCCGCCGAGUGAUGCGGAGGGAUACGGAGGCGAGGAGACGUCAGAUUCGAGAAAGCAUAUGCUGGCCAGCAGUUCUUGCAUAGGAAACUCUUUUGAAUAUCCCAUGACGGAUUCAAGCUUUCUGAAUCCUGGUAGAGGACAUGCUAGUCUCGAAGCUUCAGGGGUAAUGGCUCGUAAUACCAAAACGAGUGUGGAUGCAUUGGAUUCACACACUCUAGGUUUUGGCUUCCCAUUGAGCCUGAGCAACAGUAGUUUGCCCAUUAGAUUUCCAUCCUUGGAUCCAAGUGAGCUGUUGCUGCAAAAUCUCAGGCAUUUCAUAUCUGAGAGGCACGGAGUAUUAGAAGAUGGUUGGCGUGUCGAAUUUAAACAACCUUUAAAUGGCUAUCAUCUAUGCGCAGUGUAUUGUGCUCCGAAUGGAAAAACAUUUGGUUCAAUACAAGAUGUUGCUUGUUAUCUGGGCUUGCCAAUUAAUGGUAACUACAGCUGCAUAGAUGCUGAAAUCCGAAAUGAAAGUUCUCUUCUUCAAGAAAGAUUGCAUAUGCCUAAGAGAAGAAAGACUUCAAGAUGGCCAAACAAUGGUUUCCCUGAUCAAAAGGGUGGUUCAGUGAGUGCUCAUCUCAGGCGUUUUCCAUUCAAUGGUCAGGCGAUCUCCCCUUUUGCCAUCAAAUCUGAUACUUUUUUUCAAGCUGGUGAAUCUCUUAGCUCUGGAAAUAAUGGAUGCGGUUGUGAGGAAGCUAAUAACGGACUUCCGAUGCAGUUUGGAGAUUUCUUCGUUCUGUCGCUUGGACGAAUUGACAUAAGACAGUCUUACCACAAUGUCAACAUGAUUUAUCCAAUAGGAUAUAAGUCCUGCUGGCAUGAUAAGAUCACCGGGUCUCUAUUUACUUGUGAAGUAUCUGAUGGCAGUUCUGGGCCUGUUUUCAAGGUUACACGGUCACCGUGCUCUAAAUCGUUUAUACCAAUUGGAUCAACUGUCUUCUCAUGCCCAAAGAUUGAUGAAAUGGUGGAACAGAACAUUGGCAAACGAGGUGAUCGUAGAGACAGUACUCAAGAGCAUGAUGACGACACUGUUGAGAUCCUUCUUUCAGAUCCCUCGCCUCCUCUUGGAGAUGAUAUAUUGUCUUGUUUACGUGAGAAGAAUAUCUCCAAUACAUUCAAAUGCCUGCGCUCGGAUGUCGGAUCUUCCCUAGACUUUGAUAAUAUUUUAUCCUAUAAUCAGGAGCAUGGGGUUGAAAUUGGCGACAUUGUUGUGGAAGAAGAUUCAAUGUGUGUUGCAUGGAAAAAGGUGUCUCAAAAACUAGUUGAUGCAUGUUCCAGUGUCCUGAAGCAGAAGGGUUCCAUGAACUUCCUUUGCAAGCAUGUUGACAGAGAAAUAAGGGAAAUCAACUGGGAUAUGAUAAAUGAGAAAGACAAUGUAAUUUUAUCUUUGUCAAAGUUUUGCUGUUCUUUGGCUCCUCACAGUGCUACAUGUGGUGAAAAGGAUGAAAGCGAGAUUGCAACUCUAGUUGAUGCUUUGUCAAGGUGGCUAGAUCAAAGCAGAUUUGGACUCGAUGCAGACUUUGUACAGGAAAUGAUUGAGCGUAUGCCUGGUGCGGAAUCAUGUUCAAAUUAUAGGCCUCUGAAGAGUAGAAGUUCUUCUUCUGUUUCUGUAACUGUAGCCGCAGGAGCACUAGUUGUCAAACCGAAAAGUGGGGAAAAUGUCAAGGAAGAAGUUUUCGGCGAGAUUUCUCGGAAAGCCAAGAGGCCUAAACUAAAUGGUGGUCAUGGUGUCAGCAAUCCGCACCCCCCUCCCGGGAGGCCUAUGUGUUUGAGGCUUCCUCCUGGCCUUGUUGGUGACUUCCUUCAGGUAUCUGAAGUGUUCUGUCGAUUCCAUGAAAUUUUGGGUUUGGAAGAGGCUUUCUCACCUGAGAAGCUUGAACAUGAGCUUAUUAAACCAGUGUUCGAUGGCUUGUUUCUUGAUAGAUCUGGGAAAGAAGUUAAAAGCAGUGAGAUGAACAUUAGUGAUGAGGAUUGUACAGCUACUAAAUUUUUUUCUUUGCUCGAGGAAUCUCGCCAACCUUUUUCUUUGGAAAAUACCUCUGCUUCUGUACGAAAGGAGAUAAAAACAGGGGAUUCAACUGAAUUUAACAUUUCAUAUACCUCUCGUGGGCCGUGUUUGGGUGCACUUCUAACAAGGACUCACAUUUCGCUUCUGCAAGUGCUAAUUUGUGAGCUGCAAUCCAAGGUAGCUGCAUUUGUUGAUCCAAACUUCGAUUCUGGAGAAUCAAGAUCCAGACGAGGACGGAAAAAGGAUGACAGUACACUUUCUGCUAAAAGAAAUAAGCUGCAUAUGCUUCCUGUUAACGAGUUUACCUGGCCUGAAUUGGCCCGUAGGUACAUCUUGUCUCUUUUAGCAAUGGAUGGGAACCUCGAAUCAGCAGAGAUUGCUGCCCGUGAAAGUGGUAAGGUAUUCCGUUGCUUACAAGGGGAUGGUGGUUUGCUUUGCGGUUCACUCACAGGAGUGGCUGGGAUGGAAGCCGAUUCAAUGUUACUUGCAGAGGCUACUAAAAGAAUAUUUGGUUCUUUGACAAGAGAAAAUAAUGUUCUUUCUGUGGAGGAUGAUGAUUCCGAUGGCCUUGAUACUACUGAGACAAACGCUUGCAAUGGUGAUAUUCCAGAGUGGACACAGGUUCUGGAACCUGUGAGAAAGCUUCCAACAAAUGUUGGGACUAGAAUCAGAAAGUGUGUCUAUGAGGCUUUAGAGAGAAAUCCACCAGAGUGGGCAAAGAAAAUAUUGGAGCAUUCCAUCAGUAAAGAAGUAUAUAAAGGCAAUGCAUCAGGACCGACAAAGAAAGCUGUCCUCUCAUUGCUAGCGGAUGUUCGAGGUGGAGAUUUGGCGCAGAGGACUGUUAAAGGAACCAAAAAGAGGACGUCUAUUGGUGUAUCUGAUGUCAUUAUGAAGAAAUGUCGUGCUGUGUUGCGUGAUGUUGCAGCUGCAGACAAGGAUAAAGUAUUUUGCACUUUACUGGGGCGAAAGUUACUGAAUUCCAGUGAUAAUGAUGAUGACGGACUCCUGGGAUCACCUGCAAUGGUUUCGCGUCCCUUAGACUUCCGAACUAUUGAUUUGAGGUUGGCUGCUGGUGCAUACGACGGAUCAACUGAAGCUUUUCUUGAGGAUGUUCUUGAGCUGUGGAGUUGUAUACGUGCUAUGUAUGCGGAGCAGCCAGAUUGUGUAGAACUGGUUGAAACAUUGUCUGAAAAAUUUAAGGCAGCAUACGAAGCUGAGGUUCUACCACUUGUUCAGAAACUCACGGACUACAGAAAAUUGGAAUGCCUAAGUACAGAGAUGAAGAAGGAGAUAAAUGACAUAGUGGUUUCAAUAAAUAAGCUUCCCAAGGCCCCGUGGGAUGAAGGGGUUUGUAAAGUAUGUGGCGUCGACAAAGAUGAUGACAGUGUUCUCUUGUGUGAUACAUGUGAUGCUGAGUAUCACACAUACUGUUUGAAUCCACCUCUUAUUAGAAUUCCUGAUGGAAAUUGGUAUUGUCCAUCAUGUGUCAUUGCCAAGCGGAUAGCUCAAGAUGCUUUGGAAUCUUACAAACUAGUCAGACGGCGGAAAGGUAGAAAGUAUCAGGGGGAACUUACCCGAGCUUCUAUGGAAACGACUGCACACCUGGCAGAUGUGAUGGCAGAUAAAGACUACUGGGAGUUCAGUGCUGAGGAGAGAAUACUGCUGCUUAAGCUUCUGUGCGAUGAACUGCUUAGCUCAUCCCUUGUUCAUCAACACCUCGAGCAGUGUGCCGAAGCAAUAAUUGAAAUGCAGCAGAAGUUGCGCUCUCUCUCCUCAGAAUGGAAAAACGCGAAAAUGCGGCAAGAAUUUCUGACGGCUAAACUUGCAAAGGUUGAACCUAGUAUUCUGAAGGAAUGUGGCGAUCCACAAAAUUUAAGUAGCUCGGCAGACCAAAUUGGAUGUAGUCAACAACCAGAGGAGGGUGUUGGAGACAGGGUUACUCAUGAUGAUGAUGCUUCCCCUGCUGGAUAUUCAAAAAAGAAUCAGGGGAAAGCUCCGCUUGAGACCGAUGCUCAAACCGGAGAGUCGCUUGUUGUUUCCGGUGAGAGCAAGCUUUCCACCCCAGAAAAAGUUACAUCCCCUGGGAGGCUCGAGUUGCGAGUAGCAGAUGCUUCUCAUGUAACGGAUAAUCUGUCUUGUGAAACAGAUACCUCAGAGACCUUGCACAAAUCAAUGGGAAGGAACCCUGAAACACACUCUCUAAAAUCCAAUGCAGUGGAAUUGCAGAAAUCUCAAGAUGCAUCUUCUCUGGCUUCCCAAGAAUUGCAGGCUUGUCAGCAGGAUUUGAAUGCCACUACUAAUGAAAUACAGAAUUUGCAGCAAUCAAUCAGAAGCAUAGAAUCACAGCUUCGAAGGCAAUCUAUACGAAGAGACUUUCUGGGAAGUGAUGCUAGUGGUCGUUUGUAUUGGGGUUGCUGCUUCCCAGAAGAACAUCCUCGUAUUUUGGUUGAUGGAAGCAUAUCUUUUCAGAAACCUUUACAAGCUGACUUAACAGGUUCAAAAGUCCCCUCCCCAUUUCUCCAUUCUGGUGACCAUGGAAGACUAAUGGUUUCCCCUUGGACGUAUUAUGAAACUGAAGCCGAGAUCAGCGAGCUAGCCCAGUGGCUUCAUGAUGAUGACCAGAAAGAAAGAGACCUGAGAGAGUCUAUUUUGUGCUGGAAAAGGUUACGAUUUGGGGAUCUUGAAAAGAAAACGGAACAAGCUCAGAAUUCGUCCUCUCCAAUAGUGGCUGGGAGUCUUGUGACAAAGGCUGCCAUGUCAAUGGAGAAGAGAUAUGGUCGAUGCAUGAAUUUAGAGACCGAAACCUUAAAGAAACGGGGGAAGAAGACAAAGGUUGCAGAGCCAGAGAAACUGUGUAGGUGCGAAUGCUUGGAAUCCAUUUUGCCAUCCAUGAUUCACUGCCUCAUAUGCCACAAAACAUUCGCAAGUGAUGAUGAAUUUGAGGAGCACACUGAGAGCAAGUGUAUUCCUUAUUCAUUGGCAACUGAAGAAGGCAAGGAAAUCUCCGAUUCUUCGAAGGCAAAAGAAAGUCUGAAAUCCGACUAUGUGAAUGUAAAGUCUGGCGCCGGGAAAGAUGUAGCCGACAUAGCCAAUGUCUCUGAACUUGAUUCUGGGUUGAUAAGAUAUCAAGAAGAAGAAUCUAUUUCCCCAUACCAUCUUGGGGAGAUCUGUUCCAAGUUUGUGACAAAGGAUUCUAACAGAGAUUUGGUCAAAGAGAUCGGUCUGAUCGGUUCAAAUGGAAAUCCAACAUUUCUUCCGUCAUCAUCCACUCAUCUUAACGACUCAAUGCUCAUCUCUGUCACUGCCAAUAAGCUAGAUAGUGGUGAAUCAGGGGAUCAGGUCAUUUUUACUGGUUCUGAAGCCAAUGGUGAAGGCUUACAUUCUGAAUCUAAUAUGUCAUUCGAUAGAUUUGUGGCAAAUGAUUUUGGCGGUCCACUGAAUAAACCGAGCGGACUGGGUUAUGGGUUUUCGGAGCAAAAGAACAAGAAAUCUUCAGGUAGUGGGUUAAAAGGCUGCUGUGUGGUUCCACAGGCUUCUUUGAAACGUAUUACUGGCAAAGCUUUGCCGGUUUUCAGGUUCCUUAAAACCAACUUGCUUGAUAUGGAUGUGGCACUACCUGAAGAAGCUCUAAGACCAUCGAAGUCACAUCCAGAGCGUAGACGAGCAUGGCGUGCAUUUGUUAAAUCCGCACAAAGUAUUUUCGAGUUGGUUCAGGCAGCAAUUGUGGUAGAAGACAUGAUCAAGACAGAGUACUUGAAAAAUGAAUGGUGGUACUGGUCUUCUCUUUCAGCGGCUGCUAAAAUAUCGACUCUCUCUGCGUUAUCCCUGCGUCUCUUCUCCCUGGAUGCAGCUAUUAUGUACGAUAAAUCCAUAACUCAAUCAGAUCCUAUGGAUGAAGCAAAGCCGACCAGCUUACCAGACGAGAGCUCACAACCUUUUUCAGAUCCACAAGAAAGAAGCGGCCGAGCAAACAGAAGAUCUGGUAAGAAGAGGAAAGAACCUGAGGGAUCAUAAUAAUUCACCGGAAAAUUAACGGAAAGAAGCAGCUCAGCACGCAAGAACAUGCUGAACUGGAAAUGGUGGAUUUUUUCAAAGUGGAGCCAAUGUGUGUGUGUAUGUGUAGAUAUAGGCAAUGUUUCAAUCUGGAACCGGACCUGUAAGUUCCGGAUGUUGAGAUCUGGUUUGGUGGUUCAUCAUGACAAGUCCGAUUUAGAUAUUUUUGGAAACGUACGGCGGUUGGCGACGGUGGUUCAGCAGGUGGAAUGGUGGAUGAGCCGAGAGAGUAUGUGUACGCUUACAUACAUAAAUGUAGAAAACUAACUAAUGUGGAAUUAAUUAGUAUUAAAGUCGCUUUUUAGACAUUAACUCAUGUUAGAACGGAAGCUUCGAUUCUUUAUAAAUCUCUCUCGCUCUCACUCCCUCUAUUUAUACAGUGAAUAUGGAUAAAUGCGGAGAUAAUUAAUCUCUCUCCUUCCUUCCUCGUAUUUUUUUUCUACCUUUUAAGACUAGAUUUGAACCGUGAGUUUCAUAGAAUGUAACUGAUAAAAUAGCAUGGAAUUAUUCCACACGGGUCGGGGUACUGUACUUGAUAACACACACACAUACAUAAAAUAUAUAGAUAAAUAUAUAUGGAUUGCUUAAAUGUUAAGGCCAGCCCCAGAAAACCAAGGAUUCAGCGUGAUCGUGCGACGGCGAAGUGGUGGGCACAAAGACGUCAGCGAAACAGCUCCGGUCAUUAUCAGUACCGUUGUUGUUGUUAUUAUCUUCCUCCGAGUGGAUCGGUACAAUGCUUGGAAAGUAGGAGUCGCAGCUGUCUAGUAGUUGAGGUGCGUCUUCGUCUAGUACCGCACUCCCGACACUCCCUGAACUUAACCGGUCCUCGGUUUUGAUUGCCGGUUCGAACCGGUUCAUGUUUAGCGGAUCGAGUUGUGUUGGUUCGGGUACUUGUUGACCCGGUGGCUCAUUGGCUGUCUCUUCCUUGGCUUGGAGCUUCUCGGCGAGGGAAGUGACCUGUGAUCGGAGCUUAAGGUUGUCCUUGACGAUGGAGUCGUAGUUAGAGAGGAGUUGGUCGUAAGAGGACUUGAGAAGAUCGAAGUCUCUUUCGAGCUGUUUGGUUUUCCAACGAGCUCGUCGGUUUUGAAACCAGACAGCAACUUGUCUUGGCUGUAGCCCAAGCUUCUUGGCAAGCUGAGUCUUGCGCUCCGGCUCCAGCUUGUUCUCCGUCUCGAAGCUUUUCUCCAGCAGAUGCACCUUUUCGGUAGUGAGGCGACGCUUUUUCUCCGGCAUCUGGUCGUCGUAAUAUUCCUCGUCGUAGAGAUCCUCCGGCGAGCUAAAGAAGGGCCUUCGCUUUGAUGUUUCCUCCAUGUUCAACAUCGAUCUUGCUCCUUUUAAACGACGGGAUUGAGAUUCCCAAGAAAGAACAUGUUGCCAUGAGAGUGUGAGGCAGAUGGAUCGAAGAAAAACGAAUUGGAUUCCAUCGAUAAACCAGGAAAAUAAAGAAAAAAAACUUAUACUUCUUCGAUCACAGAUUUAAAAUUCAAGGAAAGAAGGAUGGAAGCGAAGGAGAAGCAGAGAGAGAGAGCGAGAGAGAGGAUUGGGUUGAAAGUAGAGAAGAUGGUGGAGGAAAUUAGUUGGUUAAGCGAAAACCAAAGAGAGGAGAAGGAUUAGAAGAUCAUGAUCUUAUGGCGAAAGAAGCUCGUACUCCAUAGUAAUCUCGCCGGAGACUCCAACGGGCAGAUGCAAAAUCCCAUCAUGAAACUUCAAUACCCCUCCGUAACCAGAGGGAUCAGAGACCAAUCCAAGAUCAAACCUUUUCGGUUUUUCCAAUGUUUUUGUAAUCCUGGGCAGAGAUUCAGAUCAUCAUAUGAUCUUAUGUGGAUGAUCUUAUGUUUUGCGAGAGAGAGAGAGAGAGAGAGAGAGAGAGACGUUUGGGCUAGGGCUUUGCUCUGCCAACGUAUCAGCUAAACUCAUAUGCUUCAAGACACGCGGAGUUUUAUACUACAAG